CAACACGUUCAGCAACGUAACAUUUGCACUCUAUUUAUACACUUUCCACAAGCACUCCACAAACUGAAUAUCCAUCGUAUUUGUCCACUUAACCUGCCCUUUCAAUUUCACUCAUCAGCUAAUUUGGAUCCUCCACCGUCCAUGGCGGCCGGAAUUUCAGCCUCCGCUGGUUCCCGAACUAUUUGCCUCCGUCACAACCCGUUUCGCGGUCCAAAAUCCGCCUCAACCGCCCCGCCAGUUCUGUUCUUCUCUCCGUUAACUCGCAAUUUUGGCGCAAUUUUGCUGUCUCGAAGAAAGCCGAGGUUGGCGGUUUGCUUUGUGCUGAAGAAUGAGAAAUUGAAUAGUACUAUCCAAAGUGAGAGUGAAGUAAUACAGGAUCAGAUACAAGUAGAGAUUAAUGAGGAGAAGAGUUUAGCUGCCUGUUGGCUGGCGGAAAAAUUGGCGAGGAAGAAAUCGGAGAGGUUUACUUAUCUUGUGGCGGCUGUCAUGUCUAGUUUAGGGAUUACUUCUAUGGCGAUUUUGUCAGUUUAUUACAGAUUUUCAUGGCAAAUGGAGGGUGGAGAAGUGCCUUUUUCUGAAAUGUUAGCUACAUUCACUCUCUCGUUUGGCGCUGCCGUAGGAAUGGAGUACUGGGCGAGAUGGGCUCAUAGAGCACUAUGGCAUGCUUCUUUAUGGCACAUGCACGAGGUUAAUUUCCAAAUUUACACUAAAUUAUUAGACACUAAUUUUAUUUUAAUUUUUUAA